AGAUACAAAUACGUGAUGACGGAAGACGUUCUCUCUUUGCCCCGUUCGCUACCAGAAUGAAGACCAUUCUAAGCAACCAGACGGUCGACAUCCCAGAAAAUGUUGACAUCUCUCUUAAGGGUCGGACAGUCAUUGUGAAGGGGCCCAGAGGAAUCCUCCGUAGGGAUUUCAACCAUAUCAAUGUUGAGCUCAGUCUCCUUGGAAAGAAGAAAAAGAGGCUCCGGGUGGACAAAUGGUGGGGAAAUCGAAAAGAACUUGCAACCGUGCGCACAAUCUGUAGUCAUGUACAAAACAUGAUCAAAGGCGUUACCCUGGGUUUUCGUUACAAGAUGAGGUCUGUGUAUGCUCACUUCCCCAUCAAUGUUGUUAUUCAAGAGAAUGGCUCACUUGUUGAAAUUAGAAAUUUCUUGGGUGAAAAAUAUAUCCGAAGAGUGCGCAUGAGACCAGGUGUUGCUUGUGCUGUUUCUCAAGCCCAAAAAGAUGAGUUAAUUCUUGAAGGAAAUGAUAUUGAACUUGUUUCAAACUCAGCUGCCCUGAUCCAACAGGCCACAACAGUCAAAAACAAGGAUAUCAGAAAAUUUUUGGAUGGCAUUUAUGUUUCUGAAAAAGGCACAGUGCAACAAGCUGAUGAAUAAGUUGAAAAAGAUGCCAAAGGCCGUGUCCUGAGGAGUCAACACUUAUUCAGAUGUCAAAAUAAAAAUACUUUUUAUCAUUUGA